CCCACCUUGACCUUCCCUCCCCUCCGCUUCUACUCACUCCUUUGAAGGCGCCCUUAUAUAAUUCUCUUUCUCUUCCUCUCUCACUCUCUCUCUCUCUCUCUCUAACCCCCUAGGCCCUAUAUAUAUAUAUAUUCCUCUAAAGUUACAUCUCUUGUAAAUUAUACUCUUUUUUUCUCUGUGCUCUCAUUUUCUCUCUCUCUCUCUCCCAAUAUCCUCCCUUUCAUCAGCCAUACAUAUUUAUCAAAAAAUUGCAGUGUAUCAACUAGUAUAUCAGCAGCAGCAGGAGCAGCAGCACUUGUCAUAGAAACACAGAGAUUUUAUCCUCUUUUAAGUUAGUUAAAUAACGGUUAUUUACUCUCCCCAUUUUGCCCUCUGUAAGACAUCUCCCUUUCAAUGCUCUUCAUCUGCUUCCGACACAAGCUUAAACUCCAGAACUAGAUCUUCCCACCCUGAACACUCUUUCCAGCUUUACAUAAAAUUAAGAUCUAUUUCCAGAAAAAGAAAAAAAUGAUCACCUGGAAGGAUCUUUACAGCGUUUUGACAGCGGUGAUCCCACUGUAUGUGGCUAUGAUCUUAGCUUACGGCUCUGUCCGUUGGUGGAAAAUUUUCUCCCCUGACCAGUGCUCUGGUAUCAACCGCUUUGUCGCCAUAUUUGCUGUUCCCCUCUUGUCUUUCCAUUUCAUUUCCACCAACGACCCUUACGCCAUGAACUUCAGGUUCAUCGCGGCCGACACCCUUCAGAAAAUCAUCAUGCUAUUUGUUCUUGGGUUGUGGACUAAUUUCACUAGAAACGGAAGCCUGGAAUGGAUGAUCACCAUUUUCUCUCUAUCCACUCUACCCAACACUCUAGUCAUGGGCAUUCCUCUAUUAAUCGCUAUGUACGGGCGUUACUCAGGAAUGCUAAUGGUUCAGGUCGUGGUUCUCCAGUGUAUUAUUUGGUACACUCUUCUUCUUUUCCUUUUCGAGUACCGUGGUGCCAAAAUACUCAUCAUGGAGCAGUUCCCGGAAACUGCAGCUUCCAUAGUUUCCUUCAAAGUUGAUUCCGAUGUGGUAUCACUAGAUGGCCGUGAUUUUCUUGAAACCGACGCUGAAAUUGGCGAAGACGGAAAGCUUCACGUUACUGUGAGGAAAUCCAAUGCUUCCAGGAGGUCCUUGGGGCCCUCUUCGCUUCCUGCAUUGACGCCGAGGCCUUCGAACCUCACUGGAGCUGAGAUAUACAGUUUGAGCUCUUCUCGGAAUCCGACUCCAAGAGGUUCGAAUUUUAACACCUCGGACUUUUAUUCCAUGAUGGGAAUUCAAGGUUUUCCUGGAAGGCAGUCUAAUUUCGGUCCAGCCGAUUUGUACUCUGUUCAAUCCUCCAGAGGACCAACUCCAAGACCAUCAAAUUUUGAGGAAAAUUGUACGGUCAUGUCUCCAAGAUUUGGAUUUUAUCCAGCACAGACAGUUCCUACAUCGUACCCUGCUCCAAAUCCUGAAUUCUCAUCCGUAACAAAGAACAGUAAAAGUAGCCAGCCGCAGCAGCAACAACAACAAGUUCAACCGCAGCAACAGCAGCAGCAGCAGAAGGAGAAUACUAAAGUGAAUCACGAUGCAAAGGAAUUGCACAUGUUUGUGUGGAGUUCCAGUGCUUCGCCGGUAUCAGAAGGCGGAGGACUUCAUGUCUUUGGUGGGACAGAUUUUGGAGCAUCCGAGCAAUCUGGACGAUCUGAUCAGGGAGCUAAAGAGAUCAGGAUGUUGGUUGCUGAUCACCCUCAAAACGGGGAAAACAAAGCUGCGCCUGCCAUUGGUGACUUUAAUGCAGAGGACUUUAGCUUUGCUGGGAGAGAUGGGGAGGAGGAGAGAGAGAAAGAAGGGCCCGCUGGACUCAAUAAGUUGGGGUCAAGUUCAACGGCUGAGCUGCACCCUAAAGCUGCCGGAGCACCGGAGUCCGGCGUUGGCAAACAAAUGCCUCCUGCUAGUGUGAUGACCCGCCUGAUCUUGAUCAUGGUCUGGCGCAAGCUUAUUCGAAACCCCAACACAUACUCCAGCCUCAUUGGACUUGUUUGGUCUCUAAUUGCUUUCAGGUGGCAUGUGCAUAUGCCGAAAAUAAUAGAGCAGUCUAUCUCCAUCCUCUCAGAUGCUGGACUGGGAAUGGCCAUGUUUAGCUUAGGCAACUAUGUACUAAUUAAGAAAUUGGAGGUUAAUCUUUGGACUGAAAAUCGGAUUGACCUCCCGACAUGUGGGGUCGUCUUGCGACGUUGGCUAGCGGUCCAGGGUCGGUGGGCAUUGGUUGUAAUAGAUGCCAUUUUGGCCCCAUGUCUGUUUAUGGCUCUGCAACCCAAGAUCAUCGCUUGUGGGAAUUCUGUGGCCUCCUUUGCCAUGGCCGUUAGGUUCUUGACCGGUCCGGCUGUCAUGGCUGCAGCUUCAAUUGCAGUAGGGUUGCGUGGCACGCUACUCCGCGUUGCCAUUGUUCAGGCUGCUCUGCCACAGGGAAUUGUACCAUUUGUGUUUGCCAAAGAAUACAAUGUUCACCCAGCAAUUCUUAGCACAGCGGUCAUCUUUGGGAUGUUGAUAGCAUUGCCGAUAACGCUUGUGUACUACGUCCUUCUAGGAUUAUGAAGAUCAUUUGGGUUUUUUUCCCAUAGCAAGGCAGAAUAUGAGGGGAGUUUUCGUGUGGUGAUUGCGUGUCAUACGUUUUGGGAGCGUCGAUCACAGCCUGAUUACGUUGUUAAUUAUAACAUGAGGAUUUUCCGGUAAAGAAGAAGUUAGUACAAAAGAAUUUGCCAAAGGUUCCAAAAUUUUUGGAGCUAGCUUAGCUAAGAUAUUUGACUUAGUGAAGGUCCCCUGAUAUAAGGAUCAUGCCCCCAUUAAAAGCCAAGUUUAUCCAAUUUCCUAGAGUUUUGAGAAGAAAAAAGAAAAGAAGGCCACUCCAGCACAAGGGAGACAUUGAAGAGGAAAACGAGGGGAAAAAAAACAGGUGGUCACUUGAUAAUCUUAUUAAUUCUCUUCAUCUCCCUUAUGCUUUGUAAAGUUUAAUUUCAAAGUUAAAUGUCUAUAAUAUUGCAAAGCGACAAGGGAUAUGAUUAAUGAAAUGAAGUAGAAAGGGUUUUCCUUUUUCUGUUUAGUUUUUAA